UUGAUGCCGGGAAUCAACUUCGUAACUUGGUGCAAGAUGAUGAAAUCGAACUUGAAACACCUUUUCGCCAGGCAGAAGGAAAGACUUUGCCUGUUGUACAUGACUACCGUCAUAUUCCGUAUUCAACCCUUGUCAUUAGGAAUUCACCGGAUAAAUCCGACGUGCAGUUGCAGAAUGCAUCGCCCUGAUUUGCAACAUGGAGUUCGCGUAACACCAUUCUCUCUUUCAAAGACAUCGACCAAUCAAUUGUGUACACACCUGGCGGCAUUGCUUUCGAAAGUCAAAAUACAGGUAACAAGCAGCCUUGAAAUGUCACCAAUUACGUAUUUGCGGGCUCUGUUUCCCUCUAGGAUGACUCGUAGUAACCGGUGGGUCUGA